GUUCUUGUUUAUUGCCGGUAUUAUUCAGUUGCAAUUUUAACAAUUUAAUGUGAGAAUAAUAAAUUUCCGCUUUUCAAAGUGAUUUUAAAAAGAAUUGAUUCGUGACGGAAGAUGACUGUAACCUUAUUCGAGAAGUUUCAAUUUAAUUGGAUUUCUACAAACACAUUUUGCUUCUUUAUUAAUUUGUUGAUAUUUUGUACAAUAAACAGAUGGAAUUAUAAUGCCUGGAAAAUCCACUUCAAAUAUCACGUUAAACAUUGUCAAACAUCGCUGAACUUUAUCAUUCUAUUAUAACGUUUAAUCCUUUGGAUAGACGUAAUCUACAAAAUUCCUGAAAAAUCCUGAAGCAGUUUGCAAUGAAAGCAAGAAAAAAACGUGGAUGGAGUGAAAGAAAACACAAUGAAGAAAGGAAAGGUCGAGCCUGGUGGAACUGUCUGGGAAAUGAAAUUAAGAAGAGAAAAAUGGAGACACUUCGCUACUAUUCGAAGACAUUUUCUAACGAGAAGAAACGACUUUAUAAAUCGGGUUGGAAGCUCGGUAAUACAGUGCUGGUCUCUGUUCUACUUUCAUUCGGGAUGAGAAAAUGCCCCAAUGAUGCUGCAUCGAAGCACCUCGUCGCGACGCUCUAGGGCAUCGCGGAAUAUGACGAAUCUCAGCUACACGUCGACGAUCGCUGGACCAAGAGGACGACGUGCUAGCGUCGCGACCGACAGACCAAUUGAUUUACCUCAAACAAGUCCACGCGGAACGAUGGAGCGAUCACCUCGAGGCAGUUUCGUGCCCGACAUCGCUCUCGACACCGAAAACGAUUACGAGAGCACCACCCACAGGACCUUACCGGACCGAGACCAGUACGGAUCACGAAAUAUGCUGAACCAAAAAAUAAGUCGCAGCCCACGCAAUUCUUUGGUGCCUGACGAUUACUACAGAGGUCCCCGGAACGGAGGACGCAGCCCUCGAAACAGUUUGGUCCCCGAUCAAGGAUUAGCACCGGACAUGUUGUACGGUUCGCGACAUUCCUUGGUCCCGGAAGCUCCAUUGAGUCCCAGAAACUCACUGGUACCGGAUAUUACGCACAACAGAAGCCCGCGCAACAGUAUCGCUCCCUUGACCGGUUCAAGAACCUCCUUGUUAUCGGAAAAUGGAAAUCAAAUUCCUAGCCGCAGUCCUCGCCACUCUUUGGUACCAAGUUCGUCCAGAAGCCCUCGCGGAAGUAUCACAAACAUGGAACUGGUAGAUCGUAGUCCUCAGAGAAGUCCACGAGGUUCGAUCGCCUCGGAAUGCAUGAAUCAAAGCCCAAGAAACUCGAUCGCUCCGUAUGAGCAGGUGCACAGGUCAUCGCGCGGGAGCAUUGGUAUGAACGAUGUACACAGAGGAUCGAUCAGUGCUAACGAGGAUGAGACAAGGAGUCCGCGAAGGAGCAUCAAUCCUGAUAUUAUUGAUAGAACCCCCAGAGGCAGCUUCGAUGGCUUGCCAGAGAGGAGGACCACAAAGGCGACCCUGAUGACACAAGAUCCGAGAAGGGCUUCGGCUGAUCAAGGCAUGAAUGGCAGUAAAAACUCCUCCCCUUGCCGACUGAAGGAGAUAAACUCCGGAAGCGUAAAGUCUGGCGGAAGCACGGUCCACAUCAACCUAGGAUGCGGGCCAAGCACUUUCGAGGAUUCAAGACGAGCCAGUAGCUCCGUCUCUCAGUUUUCGAACGACGAAUCCCGUCGACUGUUCACCAACGGUCCCAGUGUACCAAAGAGUACCAAAGAAAAUGGAAAUGUCAGGGUGGUUACUUAUGGAUCGGUCGUGUUUCAAUUGAAAGAUGCGAAUUUGGAAGCAGACAACACCUGUGACUUCGUGCUACGUGCGCUUAAAGUGGUCAGCAGAACCAGGGUGGCAACAGGAUGUCUGGUGUGCUUGUCUGCAGUUCCGGUCUCGAUGUUGAUUUUUGGAUGGAAAUUCUUCAACGAAUGUCCACGGGAACCGAGAAUACCGAUUUACAUGGUAAUCGGCGGAACGUUCGGCUCGAUGUUCAUGACUUUGAGCAUCUACUCGCAGAUACGAUCAAGAAGGCCAGAGGUGGUCAUGGCGCAACCUCAAGAACCUCAAAUCUCUUUCACGAAAUUGAUCACCGUCGUCUUAUCGUUCUUCCUACUCGGCUGGUUCGUGAUGGGAAAUUUCUGGAUUCUCAGCAUCGAAUGGCCAAAGAACGAGUCCACUUACUACGCACCGAACACUCAUUGUAAAAAUCGUUUAUAUAUAUUCGCGCUGGUACAUUUGAUCGUGAUAUACGUGGUGUUCGCGAUCACGUUUCUCGUGAUAAUCGUGUUGGCUUCGUUCAGAAUCCUGGAUUGCCCUCUGCCGGAAAGAUAUAAAUAACCACGGCGGUCUAGCCGUUUGAGAGCUGCGGUACCCGAGGAAACGUGGACGAUCUACGUGGAGGGUAAGGAGAAAUGUGUCGUUCAGAGACACGCUUUGAAAACUGUCGUGGAGCAGAACGAGUGCAACACGGAACCGAAUUCCGCUUAUGUUUCUAACGACAAAGUUGCUCCCGAGACUAUUCCAGAAAAACGUGAUUUCAUGUCCUCCUGUAUUAAUGGAAAUGGAAUGCAGUCCGAAAUGAAUACCGACUACAACGUUGAAUUGGAGAAACAGCAAAAGGUUGAAGCGACUUUUGCUUCGAGUAUGCACGAAGUUGCCCCAUAAUUCGUGACUUAGUCGUUCAAAUCGUAAUACAAGAUCGUGGAGAAUAAACGUUCGAAAAAUUGUCGAAUUCAAAAGUGCCAUGGCUCGGAAGAAAUUCUCUGACAAAAUGAAGAUUCUCUUUAAAAAAAAAAACCUGAAAAGCUAUAUAAAUCAGACUUAUUCGGAAAAACAAGAAUUUUUCGCAAACCCGAGGGCGGUAAUGGAUACGUUUAGAGCGUCGAUAUUCUGUGUAGGUGGGCAAAAACCAUGCGUUUCUCGAAUUUAUCGACAAAAUCGUAGCUAUCGUGGCUUUCGUGGAAUUCAACGAAAUACGUUAGCAAAGAGGGAAAAUUCUGAAGGAAACCCUGACCGUGUUACGUAUCGUUCGAACCAUCCAAAGCGGAACCGAGCGAGAAGAAAAUCGAGAAGGCUCAAUACCGGAAAAGAGGGGAUUAUGGAAGUAGAACGAAUCGAGUUCGAUUGAUUUCUGGAAAACGAACGGAUGAGAAAGGUUAUUGGUUCUUUAUUGCAACGAGACAUGGGUGUAUACGUAUGUAACGACCUGCCACUCGAUCUAACGUCCGAAUCCACUUGAUCGAAUCGAAUUCGACGAUAUACCGCGGCUGCCAAUGCGGAUAUACAUAUAUAUAUAUACGAAACAUCCUCGACAAGGUUUCCUUUCAAACGCUUUAAUGCGGUGAAAGAGAAGAAAAGACAUUCGAACAGCUAACGAAGCAAACGCAGCAGAAAAUUUGUCACGAGAUUGCUGCAACUUUUCAUUUUCUAUUUUUCUUCAUGUAUGUUCUAAGGGUUUCGCGAAGCGACUCGGAUACCUGACGCUGGGAGAAAUUACGUAGAGGGUUCCCUGAAGAGAAUUAGCGAAAGGAGAGUUUACACGAUGGAGUUUGAGGUUGCAGAACAUCCAGGAGCUUAAUGGUGAAACGGGUAGACGAUUGCUUCUCGACCCCUAAUGCGUAAUGUUUGUUGGAGAACUUAAAAGGUAAGCGACACGCUUUCGUUGUUCCUUUGAAUGCUUCCGAGUUCGUUCGAAAGCAUACGCUUGCUCAAGCAUAUAUCGAGCUCGGUAUAAUACGUGGUAAAGUUCACAGAAAAGUGUGUACACUUUUUUGUCAAAAUGCAUACCUUCCCCCCCAGAUUUAUUGUCGUGCUUUCCGUGCAUAUCGUCUCGAUGACGUUUAAUUGUUACGUGAAAAUCCGUACAAAGAGAUUUUGUUGUACAUACUACUUUUUAUAAAUGUUUUUAUCGGCGGUUAUAGGGUUCCAUUCAUACUGUUUGUCACGCAACUGAUGCCUAUGUCCAUCAUCUUCCACAAGGCAUCGCGUUGUCAAUUGGUGUCAGCAAAAAGUUAUGUGUUUCUUUCGUGUAUCAGCUCGAUGCAAUUCUCUAAAGCCUAACUAAUAAUAUGUUGUCUGUACACUAAUUUAAAAAAAGAGAUCGUGUCGUGUCGUGUCGUGUCGUUCCUUUCAUAGUUACAUAUGAUAACGCGUGAUCCGUAAUAAUCCGUUCGAAAUGCCAUCCCAGAAUCCAAAACUUGAUUCUCGUCUGAUUUACAACUAAAGUAACGUAAUACUAACUACCGUCGACUAAAAAAAAUAAAACGGGACACGAAGAUGUCCCCGCAAGGAAGAAGAGAAAGAGAUAAAUAAUUGUCAAUUAAAUCAAUGCAUCGGAGAUUUCAUUCCAUUGUCAUGGAACACGUAUAACCGAUGACAAUUUGAUGUACGCACAUAUAUAUAUACAUGUUCUAUAUAUAUAUAUAUGUAAAUAUAAAAAUAUGCAUACAAGCUGGUACGUUAACGUAAUCGUUAUCAAAGCAUCGACCAAAUCAGAAUGGGAGAGGUGAUAGAUAUCAAAAAUGAAUAGUGGAUAAUUUGUAUUUCUCAAAAAUUAUCCAUUAUCCAUUUAUGAUGAUUGAUUAAAUUUGAAAUUUCAUAUGAUAGGUGUUAACACGUUCACUGUGAACUUAUGAUCGUAGAUAUUCGACGGGUGAAUGAAAUAAGUUAAAAUAAUAUGAACUAUGAUAUAAAUAGUAAUAAGAAUGGUAAUAUUAAUUAUGGGUUCGCAGUGAACGCGUUAAAAGAAAAUUGCGUUCAGGAAGCGUGAAUCUCGUUUGUCAUCCAAAUGACAAUGUUUGAUAGAAGAUUUAUCGAGACACGUUCGACGUCCAUGAUCGCGAGACGAUUCGAAAACGGGUCCAUUCUUAAUCGUCCGUACAAAUAGAUGUUACCGAUCUGUGCCAAUAUUUCGGCACGGAUCAUCGUAUUAAUCUGUAUCGUGUACACUUCGUAGAUGUAAAUGUGUGUGAAUCGUCUCCUGUUAGACAAUUGUCUUCGAUAAUCAUGAUCGUUCUUCUGAUUCGUGAUGAAAGUUGCGAAUAGAUCAUCAAAAUUUCGAAUAUUUUUUCCUUUAAUUAUUCGCUCUCGUUUUGAUUCGUUUAGUUUAAUUAUCCAUUCACAUUCUAAUGCACGAAGCUGGAAGAGAAUAAUAAAACGCGUUUAAUCGGUGCAGAGAUCAUUUUAUUUUCAGGAAAUUCGAAUGGUACGGAGUAAAAUUAUAUUUUAUUUCCAAUCAAUCGAGCGCGUACACCCACGUCGAUAUUACGAUUUGUGAAUGAAUGUAACCUGGCAAAAUAUCGUUCAGUAAAUAAAAGUCUCUAAGAAUCUCGGUAAACAAAAAUGAACGAUUUUCGAGAAUCAACAAUGAAAUGUAAACUGAUGAAUCAAUGAAAACAAGUAUCAAUGAACGCGUGGGAACGACUGGUGGGUGCAACAUAUGAAAAACAAAGGAACAGAAGGAACGAUCAGUUAAUGAAACGCGUCGAAACAAGGGGCAAGAUUAUUUUACAUGACACACAUAUACACUAAUUGCGUAGAUGAUGGAAGCAAAGACAAUUUGAGGGAAAAGUGACCUGAAUUGCAGUUACGUCUGUACUUUAUCGCAUGUUCAACGUCUUGAAAAAAUGCUGUCAAAAAUAUGGGACCACCUUUUAAUGCUUAUAAGAAAAAAAAAAAUAGAAAAAUUAAAUUUGCGGUGCUCAAAUGUAAUUUGCCAAUCUGUCAAAAAAGUGAACAACGUUUAACGAAUAUUUGACUGGAAAGAAAAAUUAAAUAUCAAAAAUUAAUUUUUCUCCAUCGAUAUACAAGUCACAAAAGAUUUUAAACGUUUUCCAAAUUUUAGUUUGGAGGUGCCAUUGGUGGUCCCCAAAUUUCGGCCAGCAGUAGUAAAUAAAUGUUCCCUUGAAAUCUCGCGAAACGGCGUUUCAUAAGAAUCUUUCAUAAAAUAACUAGAGUAAGAGUAAUCGUAUAAGUGAUUUCGACAAAGGUUCGCUCGCAAUUUAUUUACCAAACGAAUGCUCAACUUUCUUCGGCACUCGAUUGUUUCUGCAAUCUUCUUUCAUGAUUUCGUUCGUAUCAUGCGACUAAAUCGCAGACGUAAGUGUAGCCAUCGAACCUUUUCGAUUCAGUAGUCGAUGAAUCCUUGUUUGUAUCCCGAAGAGUCAACGAAACGUACAAUUCCGAUAGUUGCGAUGAUGUUUCACAUAGCUGGAACGCAUUGAAGUCCUUAUCAGUUGUGUGCGAGGUAGGCACACGCAUUGAAUGAUCAAUUUAGAUCAUCAUCGUCAUUCGCAUGCGUGUGCACGUGGAUGCAUGGAAUCGUGAACGUGCAACAAUUGCUAGAAUUUCGACAGGCUUCGUACGGGCCUGUCAAUUUUCCAGAUAGCACCAAUGAAAAAUCGUGGAAACCUGAUACGAUCAAAAUUCACGGUAUACCAUUUUGUUCUGAGAAAAUGCUACCGAGCAAUCGACGAAAAACUGACUCGAUUCGCUAGAAAGUUGAAUUGAGGCAACUCUGAUAAUCUGAUGAGAGUAGUCGAGCGAAAACGAAUCGCGAGAAACUAAAUAUUCUCUGGCAGAUGAGAAUCUCUGAAGUUUCAAUUAAAACAUUGCACGACAAAGAUGAAAUUAAACCAGGGUACAUGCGUUCACGAUUUGAUUUAACGUUUCCACGAAUCUCAAUGGCUGAUAAAAUGGACGUAGUGGUAGGUGUACGUAUCCAAUUGAGUCGAGAAAGGGAAAUUUUGUUAUUCAGCGAGCGACCAAGCUACGAUAACUUUCCUUUCCAUGACUUUUCCCGUUAGAUUAUAAGGAUUAACAAUUGUGUUGAUAUAUCUAAUGUUAACGUGUCGUUGGAUUUAUAUAGAAUAGAGAGCUUAUUUAUUUUUAUACUGUAUGGUUUGAUAGCGUCCAAUAUAUUUAAUUGAACAACGACGAAACAUGCUAUUUGUUAUUAUCGCGAUGUUUCUUCGUUUCAUCGUAUUUGAACAGGUCCCGUGCCACCAGUGGCCCACAUUGUUUAUUGCAAACAUCAUUUUAAUUAAACGAGAUAUCUCACUGUUUGGUUUAGCUCUAGAAGUGAAACGAAUACAUAACAAAAAUGUAGCAAAUUCGAUAUUGGACGAAUGUUAACAUUAAGAAACACUUAUAACCUCUACAUAAUUUGUACUUGUAAAGGGCAUAAGUACUUUUUAAAAAAUAGGUGGCAUGGAACACUUGAAUUUAACAUAUUGAUUUUACCAAUAAUUAACGACCGUCGUAUAGCUAAUUCAUUAUCGUACGUGUAUGUAUAAUAUACAUAUAAUACGUAUCUAUAAUUAUAUGCGUGUGUCUCGUACGUAGAAUCACAUCGUGUCGUUUUUUCGUCGAUUCUUAGAGAUGAAUACUUGAAACGCGUAUUGUUUAGCUGUGUAAUAACUAUUUAGUAGUGAUUAGGAUAAUUUGCACGCAAUUGUGUCGCGAAUCGUGGUCCAGGCUUUAACGUAGAAUUCACCGUCGUAACACUUACGAGUGUUUCCUUCUUUCGGACCGGAAGUAGCAUCGAGAACCGUGCGAUCCACCUUUCAGGUUCAAUUUUCGACUAUCACCGUUACUCGGCGUAUAAAUGGUAACUCAUUUAACGUUCUUUAAAUUAAUUUCCUGUUUCUUCUUCUUCUUCUAUUAUCAUUUGUUGGAAAUGAAAUGGUUCUCGUCGCUGUUUACCGAAUCGAUCGAAAACUAUCGCAAACAUCGAUUACAUUUUUCUAUACCAUUUGCACUGUUCCUACGAACAACUGUGAAUCGUAUCGUAUCGAUAUAUACCUCACAAUCGUCCGUGUGUAAAAAGAAAUUUAAAAAAAAAGAAGAAGGAAAAAGGAGCGAUCGCGUCGUGCGCUAAAUCGACAUCGAAAACGGUACCUUCCUUUCAAUGUAUGGCAUCAAUUACGAUGUCGGGAUGUUCCCGACGCAACUGUUAAUUGGACCGUCCGGUUAAUAUCAACGUAAAACAACAGAAUGGAUAGAUACUGAUCAACGGUAUACGUUGCGGGAAACGUGUACGGGAAAGUACUCUGCGAUUACCAGAUAACCUCGUGCCGCUAUAUUGAUUUUCUUGGUCGAUGGAGGACGCCGGAAGAACGCUUUAUCUACUUCCCCUUUUAUUAAGAAUAUCGUCGCAAGGAGUGUAAGAAAUGAUGACGCUUGUUUCUAAAAUAUGGGCAUAUACCAAACAACUUAUCGUUCGAAAAUUAACACCUUACGAACGCAUGACCUUUAAACCUCCAUGUGAACAGUGAUAUUAAUUUCGGUAUAAAUUUCAGUGAACCUUCAAAAUAUUAAUUCCAUCUAUUAUUAAAAUAAAUUUUCAAUCUGUCUGUAUGUUUAUACACAUCGAUGCCGUCGAUAAAGCGUUAUUCGAGCGAGCACGACGCACACGCUUUCGUUAGUCUCUCUCAUUGACCAUUAAACGUUCAUUAAAUGUUCACUCAUUUUCUCUAAAUACGAACGGGUCCUCGUAUCGGGUCUCCCGAGGGUAUUUUAUCUAUCUGAUCAACGAACAGCAACGAAGUCCUAGCGAAAGAGAUCGCUCGCUGCACUGGGAAUUAUCCUGUUCAAUGACCCAGCGGAACAUUCGAAUCUCGCAGAGGUAUAUCGAUCGCGGCUCAAUUAAAGUGCAUUCGAUUGCAUCGGGGAUGAGACUUCGAAUCGUGGACUCGUUCCGACGUCAGUUGCAUCUACGACGAAGACUUCCGAGGGUCCAAUCACUGCUUUCAAAUAACCAUCAGCGAGAGACAACAUUCUUAUUGAAUAAUACACUGCUUUCCAAGCAACAAAUCGCAUUCAAAUCGCGUUCGAAAAAUCAGCGAUCAAUGAUGGCAGGAUGACGUCGCUUCGAGAUCGACCUUAAUAGGUGGUUGUAGAAAGAAUGACCAACCCCCAAGAGUAUAUCGAGAAAUAUUUUUUUAGAAACUCACCAAACGUUUCCAAGUACCAAGCGACUUUUUAUCAAUCGAGACCUCGAAGCGUUGAUACAUCCGGUCGAGCGUUUGUAAUUUUUCUGCAAAAACGUUCGCUGAUUGUUCGAGCGAUCGGACUAACAUUUUAUCUAACGUAACAUAUCGCUUUUUAAUGGUAGAUGUACGUCGAUAACCGUUCUAAUGUUACAAGUUGUGGUCAAGUACUUGCUUACACCGAAGGGACGUGUUCCAAGAAGUUGUAUGCAUCUUCCGUGAGAAAUGCGCGCAGUUCUUUUUAUUCCUUCUUUAUGACACUUUAUCUACGAGUGUAUUUUUAAUCUUAAUGAUUAAUUGAUGAUUAUUCGAGAAAGUAGGUUCUUUGUAGCAUAAUUUAUUCUACUGGAAGUGUUAAAUGCAGGCGAAACAAUGCUUAAUCAAUUCUGAGAGCUAGGUGGAACCACUUGUGGUUCAUUAUAAUUCAUUAGUGGUUGCGUACAUAAAUUGCCCGACGGUAAAGUGUUAACUUUACUGGAUACAUUAGCGUGCUUAUAAUUUCAUAGCAGCAUCGCGAGGCUCAUUUUCCUGGGAGUCGUUUCGAAAACUGUAUAGCCCAGUUUCCUUUCGAUUUUCAAUAAUUUAAUUCCAAAUAUAUCAAACAUUUGAGUUUCAAAAUAACUGUUUAAAAUAAUAUAAUUAAAUUACGUUUACUUUGAUGAGGCUAUAUAUUCUGUUGUAUCAAACUCAAUGUUUGACAACAUAAAGUUGAAAAUACAUUCAGAAUGUCUAUAAAAGCAGCUCGUCAAUAUAUAUCCGUUUGAAAUAAAUUCGCCAGCGAACUGCAACGUAUUAUCUGCACAGAACAUGCAAGGAUGAGCUACAUAUAACGUCGGCGGUUUAUCUCGCUGCAUGUUUCGUUAAAUUAAAUUAUCCUCGAACUGAUGAAUCCUUACCCAGUAUAUUCGUUAACGUGUAUACAAAAUACGGACUGCUCUGUAGCUCGCUAAUCAAACGCGAUUAGAAUCUGCGCGUAUUUCAUUUACGUGAUACACACACACACACACACGCGCGCGCACAAACACCUACACGAUCCAUAAUGAAACCGAGGAUAGCGUAAGAGAAAAGAAACGGAGUAAUUGAGAAAAAGAUUGGAAUGCGUUCCAAUCGAAUAAACUGAACAGUGCAAGUGCACCUUGAUACAUAUAUCUAUUUCGUCGUAGAAUGAAGAACGACUGGUUCGUAAUUGGAAGACAGAUUUGUUAAUUGUACGCAUUAAGUUUACGACACUUUCCACCAUUCCAUUAUGAGCAAAACGAUUGUAAGCGGUAUGGUGAACUCAUAUUGUGACCCAUUUAUAACGUAACCGCCGAGUACUGAGAAUAAAAAGUGUCUAAGUGGUACAUA